UACUUCCUUGCCGUUGGAUUCAUGACUUACCGACCUACCUGCGCGGCUGCGCCGCCUCCGGCAAUCUCUCAAAUUUGGCGACGGAGGAAAACAUGUGCGUCCCGUCUGGUCCCGUCGUGUCAAACGGAAGCGAAAUCAAAGCCUCAAACGCCCUCUCCCUCGCCCUUCUCCUCUUCUCUUAGCCUUGUUUGGUUGUGAUAAUGGCUGGACUGGAGGAGCUGAAGCGGAGGCUGCAGCCCAUCUUCUUCGACGCCGAUGGCAAUGUUGUGCCGCCCCCCGCCGCCGACGGAACGCACGACGACUCCAGCUCUGACGACUGCGAGGUUUUGGAUGGUGGAACUGUCAAUUUAUUGAGUAGGUCUUCUGAUGAAUAUAACAUCAGUAAGCUUGGCUUCCAUAAACGAACAACUAGACCAGACGGUGACUAUGCUACAGAUAAGGCAUAUCGAUGUUCUUGUCAUGAUAUGCAUAUUUUUGAUUCUGUUGGUAAUGGUGCAAGCAGCGUUGUCCACAGAGCUAUUUAUGUGCCAGUUCAUCGAGUUUUGGCACUCAAGAAAAUCAACAUUUUUGAGAAGGAAAAGAGACAACAGAUUCUUAACGAGAUUAGAACGUUAUCAGCAGCAUCUUGUUAUCCAGGUUUAGUUGAAUUCCAAGGAGUUUUUUACACUCCGGACUCUGGAGAAAUAUACUUUGCACUUGAGUAUAUGGAUGGUGGUUCAUUAGCAGAUAUUAUCAGGGUCAAGAAAUUCAUAACAGAACCAGUUCUUUCACAUAUGCUACAGAAAGUGUUGCUAGCUCUGCGCUACUUGCAUGAAGUGAGGCGUUUAGUUCACAGAGAUAUAAAGCCAGCAAAUUUGCUGCUAAAUCUAAAGGGUGAUACAAAAAUUACAGACUUUGGUGUAACUUCUGGACUUCAUGAUUCAAUUACCAUGUGUGCUACCUUCCUGGGCAGUGUAACAUAUAUGUCUCCCGAGAGAAUUCGGAACGAAAAUUACUCAUAUGCGGCUGAUAUCUGGAGCCUUGGACUAACAGCGUUGGAGUGUGCAACUGGAAGAUACCCAUAUGAUGUAAGCGGGGGCGAGGCCGACCUCAUGCUGCAGAUACUAGAAGAUCCAUCGCCAACACCACCGCAACAUAUGCAUUCAGAGGAGUUUUGCUCGUUCAUCGAUGCUUGCUUGCAGAAAGAUGCUGAUGCAAGACCAACAUGUGAUCAGCUUUUGUCUCAUGCCUUCAUCAAGAAAUACGAGGGACCUGGUGUGGACUUGGCAGAGUACAAUAAAAGUGUUCAUGAUCCAUCGGAAAGAUUAUCACAGAUAGCACAUAUGCUUGCCGUACAUUACUACCUGAUCUUUGACGGUGGUGAUGACCAAUGGUGUCACAUGAAGUCAUUCUAUGAACAAGAUUCUACUUUCAGUUUCUCAGAGGAAACACAUUUUGGUAAGAGCGACAUAUUCGAUACUUUGUCCAGAAUAAGGGAAAUGCUAAAAGAUAACAGCCGUUGCAAGAAGAUUGGCCGUGUGAUGGAGAAGGUUUACUGUCGCGCACAUGGGGAGGAAGGGAUGAGUGUUCGAGUUUCGGGAUCAUUCAUUAUGGGGAACGAGUUCCUCGUGUGCGCAGAUGGGUUUUGCGUUGAAGGGAUGCUGAGCAUUGUCGAAAUCUCUCCCGACAUUCUCAGUAAGCAGGCAUGCCAUUUCCAGGAAGAUUUUUUCAUGGAGCCAGGGACUGCCAUGGGAUGCUAUGUGAUAUCAAGGACCUAGCAUGAACAAGAAGGAUGAUCAUUGAAGCAAGAUCAAGCAUGGAGAAGAAGGUGCACACGUGGAAAAGAACAUUGGAGUUUUCAGAAGCCACCAUAAGAAAAGCAUGAAGGCUUGAACGAAAUAUAUAAGAUGUUACUUCAUAAAUUUUAUUCAUAGGCUACUAUAGGUGUCGCGUCAUCUUAUUUUUGGGUGAGGCUAGUGUAAUUUUGAAAUACCACAUUAUAGGCCGUUUUAGAGUCCGUAUGUGUAGGGAAACUGAGUUAGGGUUGGUUUCGGAC